AUGGCUCAAGGCCACUUGCUCCCCAUGCUAGAUAUCGGUCGUCUAUUAGCACAGCGUGGCAUGAUUGUUACUAUGGUUACAACACCCAUGAACGCAGGCAGAAUCCAGAAAUCGAUCGCUCGGGCUAUCGAAUUGGGGCAGCCUAUCCGAUUAGUGCAGGUCUCGUUUCCUGGUAAAGAAGUCGGAUUUGCAGACGGAGUUGAGAACAUAGACAUGGUGCAUUCAUCGGAGCCCGGAGGACUUCCGCAAAUUCAUCAUUGCAGCAAACAAGAUGGAAGAAUCAGCUUGACCGAAAAGGUCGAAUUCACCAAAGCCCAGUUACCGCUUCAGAGGGAUGAAUCCUGGACGGAAAUAGGUGAAUCGAUGUUAGAAGCUAACCAAGCAUCAUAUGGGGUUGUCAUAAAUACUUUCGAGGAGCUGGAGUCAGCUUUCGUCGAGCAGUAUCGGAAGUUAACGAAAGCUUGGUGUAUAGGUCCAGUUUCUCUUAGCCACAAGGAAGAGUCGGAUAAGGCUGAAAGAGGUAACAAGGCUUCGAUCAAUGAGCAGCAGUGUUUGAAGUGGCUUGACUCUCAAGAAACCAACUCUGUUAUCUAUGCGUGUCAUGGAAGCAUCAGCACUGUAAAGUGUCCAGAGCUGAUAGAGUAG